CUCAGGAGCGAGCAGCCUUUCCACCCUCCCCGGGGCCGGACCUUCCGUGACAGACCGGCCGCUGUGCCGCCCGUAGACACCCCGCCGAUGCGCGGACAGGCCCUUGUGUUAGGCACAGUGGGCACCGUCAAGGCCGGGAGGGAAUUCUGGUCGAAAACUUCCUUUUCCUUACAUCUAGGGAUAUUUCCACAGUCCCACCAUUUGUCACAGACUUGUAGCCCAGGACUUGGCUACAUUGAAGAAACUGCAAAUCACUACAUUGAUGAUAUUGUGCUCACAUCUGAUUCUCUUUCUCACUUAGAAGAGGUAGUUCCUAGACUGCUGCAACGUCUACAGAAGAAUGGAUGGGCUGUGAACAGCACCAAGGUUCAGGGACCUGCAGGUUGAAUGGACACGCCAGCCCACUGGAUUCUGGUCAUAGUUAUGGAAAGGAGCAGAGGUCUGGUACCUCUUGAUAGAGAAGCAACUGGCUGCUGUGUACAAAGCCUUGCUGGCCCAUCACUGGAACAGCUCUGACCAAGUGCAAACCAAAGAGGAGUUAUUGAAGACAGGAUAUGGCCAGCAGAGCAACAUCCUGCUGCCAGCCCCUACUGCAUUUAUCUCCAGAGACACUGUUGAGUGGACAUGGCCCUGGAUAUUUUGACAUAUGGACAAGCGAUGGCUGGCCCUUCUGGCACCUUGGGGGAAAGGCCUGGAAGCUGGUCUUGUGUGUGUUCCUGGAGUAACAGCAGAGUGGCCCCCAAAGGUCAUGGUAGUGUACCCAAAACAUCCAGGAGGAAUGGAGCAGGUCCCCAUGAGAAGUGGAGAAAGUCUGGAGGUGCAGCUCCAGCUACCCAGGUACCAGGCCUUUCUUCUAACUGGGAUGUCACUGGCAUCGGCAUUGCCCUGGGGCUAUUAUACAAUUGUCCUCCAUAUGGUCACCCAAGAACUCAUCUACUUCAAUCUCAGGACUCCAUCACCUCUACCUGCUCUGACUGCUGCAUCAGGGGAGAGAAUGCGGGAGGACUUUCCUGGACAGUUAAAUGUGUCCGCUCUCAAUCCACCAGUCUCCACCAGAAUGUGGCACAGGCCCUGCCUAACUGCAAAGAAGGAGAACUGUACAUUGAACCCUUGAUAAGGAGACCGCCAGGUGCUAAAGUAAGAAGACAUGGUAUAGACAACUAAAGGAAGGUAAAUCGGUCCUGUGAUGGACAAGGGCUCAGAUGUCAAACCUUUGUGUGUGUUAUCUUACUUAAUCCUCACACAAUCUGACAUGUUGUAUAUACUCUUAUUUUCUCCAUUUGAUUUACAUGGAAAUUUAGGCUUGCCGAGGCAGGUUACUUCCCAGGGUAAAAGCUGAUGUUUCAAGAGCCAGACUGGACCCUAUUGGUCUGUUGGGCUCCAUCACCAAUAGGUGGUGCUGUUUGAAUCUCGGCCAUGCUGAGGUCUGACAUCUCUGGGCCUCACUUCAAUACAUCCUACUGUAGCUAUUAGAGGCUACUGCAUUUUUUAAGACUUCAAUAGAUAACUUAGAAUCUUUAAAUCAUUAUUCCCUGAAAACUGACCAUAAGCUUAGCACUGGACUAGGUUGUUUGCUUUAGUUAAAGCUGUAGUCAUUAAUCAAAUCUUUCCAUAUGUGUAUGUUGGCAGUUUGGUGUGCUAGUGCAAAAUGUGAAAUAUAUGAUUUUUAAACAUAAUUAUAGAAUAAAAAACGUGUACAUUAUCACUGUCCCACUUUUAAAGCAGAGCAAUUGGUUUGCAGAACUAAAGUUUACACCGAUCUCUGUUAUGCUCAAUGAAUAAUUAUGCUUCCUUGCGGUAGUCAAGACCCUGAGCUUCAAUCACUGGGUAGCUGCUCCAUCAAAUCAGAUGUUUUUUGUUGUGUGUGUGUGUGUGUGUGUGUGUGUGUGUGUGUGUCUGUUGGUGAUGGGGGGGUGUCCCAUAAUUGAGGAGAAUGUUGGAGAGACCGUUCAGGUGGGGAAGCAGAAUGAAACACCAAAUCAAAGGCAAGACAUCAAUUGUGUGCUGCAUUGUGUAAAUCAAAGAGGUGCUGGAUGAUAUGGCUGUUGGUUUUAGUUUUGAAAAUGAAGAGAAAAGGAACCAUUUUAGGAAUGACAGUGAAAUUUGAUUGCUUAGUAGAGAAAGGAAGAGAAAGAUAAUUUUAAGAGUGUAUGUUAAAAAUAGGAAGACAAUUAUAUAAUCAAAUAUCCAAUGAAACUAUUAACAUACUGUUAUUUUUACAGUACAUAUUGAAUUGACUAGAAUUUACCAUAAGUUGAAAACUAAUUUUUUCUUGAGUAUGCCAUAUGUGUAAAACCUAUCAAAGGUAUUCUAUAAUUAUUCAUAUAUUUUUAUCUCUAAAGGCUUGCAACAAAUUAAACUUUAAGCUUCAGUGAAGACAGAUUUACAUGUAGAAUCUUAAGUAGCCUUAAGGUUUAUGCUUUUAACUUUGUGUCCCUGCCUGGAGAAAAUUCAUUUUCCUUUUUGUUCAAUUGAAGGGCUGCAACGACCCCCUGCCCAAUUUAAAAUAAGAUCAAAAAUGGCAUUUUAUUUGCCCAUCUGGAGAUUACCAAACGUGUAAAGUUUGUCCGUGUGGAGGCCAUCUGUUGUGAAUGGAGACACACAUGGAAACUUAAUCCUUUAACUUCUUUUGCAACGUUCUCUUUUGCUUGCCUUAGAGCAAGGCAGUUCGGACUAGUCACUUGUGGUACAAACUGGGCCAGGACAGGUUGCUGCCUUUCAAUGUCACAAACACUUCCAUUUGUCCGAAGGCAAACAUGUCUCUGCCAAGAUCUCGUGGCCUUUGCCUUUCCCGGACACCAUGACACAGCCUGAGAGCCAGGGUCAGAGCUCUUCUUAAAGGGCUGUUGUGGAGGCUGUGGACUCGGGGGAGGAUGAGUUGCGGGGGAUUAUACCCAGUUCCUUCUCUUUCAAGGCAUCCCUGGUUUCUGUGAGCAAUGCUGAAUGUUCUGACAUGGAAUAAACACUUCCUAACUCA